GUACUAUGCAGGAGAGUACAAGACUUCUGUACUAAGAAAUUCUAGCUAGUAGUGCUAUGCCUGCUUGCAAAGAACAAGCAAUACCAGACCCUCUUGUUCCUAGAAUUAAAGAUGAUAAUCUUAUCCAAAAGACUUGCAAUAGCACCAAAUACUAUGACCUUUGUCUAUCGUGUCUCAAAUCUAAUCCCAACAGCCCUAAUGCUGACACAAAGGGAUUGGCAGUCAUCAUGGUUGGGAUUGGAAUGGCUAAUGCCACAGCCACUUCCUCAUACUUGUCCUUUCAGUUGCUUGGCACAACUAAUGACACAAAAAUGGAGAAAGUCCUCAAGGAGUGUGCUGACAAAUAUACCUAUGCUGGUGAUGCACUCCAAGCUUCUGUUCAGAAUUUGGUUGCCGAGUCCUAUGACUAUGCUUACAUGCACAUAACUGCAGCUGCAGAUUAUCCAAAUGCUUGCCACAAUGCCUUCAAAAGGUAUCCGGGAUUGGCUUAUCCAUUGGAGCUUGCACGUAGAGAGGAUGGUUUGAAGCAUAUAUGUUAUGUAGUUUUGGGAAUUAUUGAUCUUCUUGGGUGGUGAUUGCCUUAACCAUGUACUGCUUACUCUUUCCCUUGUAAUCUUUGUGUUAUGUACUUUUUUUCUUCCCCUUGCAUUUGUCAAUUGUUUCCCCUUUACAAUCUAUUGUCUAAUUGCCUUUA